AUGGGUUCUUCAAUGAGAUGGCUUGCCGUUGCGGCUGUAGCAGCAUGUGCACUGUUCGACAAGACCAAUGCCUCUGAUGUACCCCCUCAAGGACCAGAGCCCACGGCCCCAGCGAGAAUUCGCGCUCUUCGACCUCUCCAGGGUCUCUUCAGACGCGAGGAUGGAACCGUGACGGAGACACUCGACAUCACCGUCGCCCCUGACACUCUCUGUGGACUCUAUACUCCUAGCACAACCUACAGUUUCACCUGCUCGCCCGGCACAUCAUGUAUGUGGGAGAAUAAUAAGUACAACCUCGCCUUUUGCGGCAUCGAGGACUUUAAGACGGCUUGCAUUGGGCAGGCUGAUGCCACGGAUGAUGACAAGUGUGACGAUAAUUGCCGACGAGAUCCCAACAUUCAGUUUUGUACUCUCGACACUCGACCGUUUUGCUUCACCAUCUACAUGCCCAACGGUAUCAAGAAGUAUCCCUGCCAUACGGCUGCCGGCUUCAGCAGCAUGAUCUUUCCUGAAGGAGCAGCCAACUAUGCUACUUCAACCAUGGACGUUACCAUCUACGAAGCUGCGACGACAAAGCCUUCCGAAUCGACCAAGGAGUCCACAGCUGAAGAGUCCAAGGACGAAACAGAGUCUGAUGCGGAAACCACAAAGCCAAAGGCGGCCAAGACUGUGACGGUGGGACCGACCGCCUCGAGUGACUCUGGGAGCGAGAAAGACGCCAGUGAGGAUGAUGGCAAUGAGAAGAGUGGCAGUAGCAAGACCAACAUUGGUGCUAUCGUUGGUGGUGUGGUUGGAGGUAUUGCAGUCAUUGCGGCUGUCGUCCUGGCCAUUUUCUUGAUCCGUCGACGGGACAAGAACAAGGCACAACCUGUGCAACAAGUUCAACCUCCUCCCCAGCAACAGAUGCAAUAUCCCGUCAUGGCCCAGCAGCAACAAAUACCUUAUCAAGGAUGGCAGCAAACACCACCUCCUCAAGGAUUCCACCAGACGCCAUCACCCCAAGGAUUUCAGCAAUCGCCGUCCACGCAGACGUCUGUCCCAGGGGCGGUGGAGGCUCCUGAUUCAAAUGCUGUGGCAGUAUUUGAGUUGCCGGAUAAGGUAGAGUACAAAUAA